AUGCAGAGCGAGUUCGACACCGCCGCCCGCGCCGCCGUCGCCGCCGCGCUGCGCGGCGAGAUGAGCCUCCUCUCUGCGAUUGGCGAGCUCGCAUCGUUGGCGCGGGUGCUCGAGGCUCCGCUCCCGGAGGUGCUUUCUGCGCUCAGCUUCGCUGGCCGGGCCAUGCCCCUGGCGUCGGCCAGCGAGACGGACCUCUGCGAGCUGCUCGCCUCCUUGCGAGGCCUCCCUCUCUGCCUUGCAGACACGGGCGAGGGCGCGCUCCACGCUCUACGCCAUUCCCUCGAGCGGCGCGUCGCCGAGUCGGUCGAGGACGGCGGGCAGGCGCUGGAGCUGGCGGCGCUGUGCACGCUGAUGCCGCGCUGGGCACAGGCUCUGCCGCAGACUGGCGCGCACCGCGCCAAGCAGCUGCGCGCCGUCGCCGAGAACCUCUGCGCCAUCCACCGCUCUGCUGUGCCGCCACUUUGCCGGCUGGCGGCACUCACCUCUCUGACUCCAGUCGCGCUUCUGGACGUGGGCAGCGGGCCGGCGCCGGCCGUUGUCUUCGACCACAUGCUCUCCACCCUCGAGCGGGCGGUGCUGCACGCGGAGGGGAGGGCGGGUGCGAAGAGGGCGGAGGCGUCGGAGGAGGAGGCGGCGGUGAGGGAGGAGGCGGCGGGGGAGGGGGCGCUCGAGGCGGCUGUCGCAGCGGCCGAGGCUCAAGCUGCCGCCCUCGAGGAGGCGCAGCGCGGCGGCUCGGCCGGCGGCUCUGCCCUCGAGGAGGCCGCUGCCGGGGGAGGUGGGGCGCAGCGCCGUGCCGCGCUCAAGUCGUUUGUCCACCUGUACAUCGGGGAGGGGGUCGGGGAGGGGGUCGGGGAGGGGGUCGGGGAGGGGGGCGGGGAGGGGGGCGGGGAGGGGGGCGGGGAGGCCCUGGAGGCCCUGGAGGCAGAGUACGCGGGAGGACAGGAGGGUUGCGGCGCGGGAGCGGAGGCCGCGGACGCGGACCCGCCGUGCGAGGGAGAGAUGGGCAGGUUGGCGUGCGAGGGAGAGAUGGGCAGGUUGGCGUGCGAGGAGCCCUCCAUCGGCACCGACACCGCCGCCACAAACGCUGGUGCGGGCACGGCUGCCGAUCCGAGGGCAGCGACGCCCACCGAGCUGUGCGCUGCGCUCGGCGUCGCGCGGCUGGUGCGGGCCGGCUCCCUCCCUCAAGGAGCCGAGGCGCGGCUCCUCUCCCUCGUCGCAACUUGCUCGCGCGAGGGCGCCGCGGGCGCGCAGGCGCCUGCCUCCGUCGCCGCCCUAAUCCUCGCCGCCCUCAUCGGCCCGCCGUGGGCCCGUCUCGCCAAGGCGCGCCCCGCCUGUCUCGCGCCGGUCGUCUCGGCGCUCGAGAGAAGCGUCGCCGCCAAGAUCAACGGCGAGCACCCGACAGAGCUGCAGCUGGUCGCCGCAAAGUGUCUGGAGUGA